AUGAGUGAGAGAUGUCCAGAGACACAGUGUGUCAGUGGGUCCUCAGAGACGGGGUCUUCAGAUCAUGAGCUGCCUGACAGUGAUGUUUUCACACCAACCUUCACAGAAGACAAAGCCAGAGUGUGCCAGAGUCCGACCAAUGAAAACGAGGCUGUCACUGUUGUUAGACCACUGGUAGCACUGCCCAUUCCACCAUCAGUAAAGGAUGUUAACUGCAUUAGACGCCUCGAUCUGAAGGGUUACUCAACCAGCCAGAUGAAGAUCCAGGAGACUAAAGGUCCUGAAGUCACCCUAAACUACGACUGUUAUAUUUUUAUAGUGACUACCAACACUGAAAACCCAGCCGUCCAGGGCCCUGUUCAUAGCUCGGUGGUCCUGAGGGCCAAGGCCUGGAUCAGGACUAAGUAUGCCUAUGUGACAGAGUACAACUCCCGCGCUGGGGAACACGUGCUGCUAGGUGAUCGCUACACUGAGCUGCUAAUCAUUCAGAAACAUAGAGAACAGGAUGAAAGAGAGCGAGAGAUCUGUUUUACAGGAGAGAGAUUUUUCAGUGCCAGAGACAAUGAGAGAUACAGCAGCAUCACUGUGGAGCAAUUUUUCAAUCCAGAUAAACAUGGACACAUUCCUAAAACAGUUAUUCUCCAGGGAAACUCUGGAAAUGGCAAAUCCUUCACCGUGCAGAAAAUCAUGUUGGACUGGGCAUCUGAUAAACUCUAUGCAGAGAAUUUUGAUUCAGUUUUUCACCUGAAGUGUAAAGAGAUUAACCAAAUUUCUGGGGAGAAGAGUCUGGUGGAUCUACUGAGGUACAGACAGACACUAACCUCAGCUCAAAUCUCGCAGAUAUUACAGCACUCACCAGAGAGAGUUCUCUUCCUCAUAGAUGGCUUUGAUGAACUCAGACUCUCACAAGACAACAUGUCCAACCUGUCUCUGCCCACUGAUAUCCAAACUCCAGCCUCACCUGAGUCCACGGUGACAGCCCUGCUGAGUGGGUUCCUGCUGCCUGAGUCCUUCCUGCUGGUCACCACCAGGUCUACAGCUACGGACAGGCUGAGCAAACUGCUUGAAGAACCCCUGCGUUUCACAGAGAUUAUGGGCUUCUCUGAGAGGGGGGUGAAGGAGUACUUCCAGAGGUUCUUUAAAGAUGAUCAGCUCUUACAGACACAGCCAUAUGAGCUUGUGAAAGCGAAUGAAACCCUCUUCACUGCCUGCUUCAUCCCUGUGAUCUGCUGGAUCAUCUGCACAGUUCUCAGGGAGAGACACAAAGAUGGCAGAAGCGCAAUAGACGAUUUGGAUACAACCACAUCCAUAUAUGUUGGCUUUGUGUCCACUCUGCUGGAGCACCACUACCCAGGUUUGAGUCAGUCUGUCCCCAGCCUGCUGAGGAGUCUGGGCCAGCUGGCAGAGAGAGGGAUGGUGGAACAGCAAGUCCUGUUUGAUGAAGAAAGUGUGCAUGAGGCAGUCCCACAGCCUGCUAACAUUCCAUUCCUGUGUAAAUUUCUCUUUAAGAGAGAAAUCUUCCUAGAGGAGAUGUUCAGUUUCAUGCACCUCAGUUUUCAGGAGUUCUUCACUGCUCUUUACUAUGUCUUGCUGAGUGAAGAGCAGUCCGAGAAGGCGGUCAAAGAGCUGUUUCAACCCGAAGACAAACUGUUCCUUCUGCCAGUGAUUCAGUUUCUCUGUGGCCUGUCCAGUGAGAAAGUGAGCAGUUCUCUCAGGAAAACCCAGCGUCUCUCCAUCUCUCCCUCCGUAAAGGCACAGCUUAAGGAAUGGGUGCUUGAGUCUGUUAAAAAACGCUCCGGGCCACGGGAUGGCUUCCUCUGGGUAUUCAUUCUCCAUUGUCUCUAUGAGCUCCAUGAAGAGGACUUUGUGAGGAAAGCUAUGGAGAGCUGGGAGAGGAUUGAUCUUUCUGGUAUUCCCCUGAGGAGGACAGACUGUUGGGUGCUACAGUACUGCCUGCAGUUUUGUCCACAGAUCAAGAGUCUGAAUCUCAUAUAUUGCACUUUAAAAGCUGAGAAACUGAAGAUUCUUCAGCCUACAGUGUGCAGGAGUGAAGAGUUACAAUUGUGGGUGGAGGACCUGUCAGAUGGUGAGGCUGAUGUUCUUGUCUCAGCUCUGGGGGAAGGAAAGGACCUGACUGAACUAAGUGUGCAGAACAGUACCCUGUCAGAUCAGGGUGUGGAGCAGGUUCUCAGUUCUCUCAACAAACAGCGGACUCUGGGUAAAGUUUACCUCACAGUGAAGGCCAUCACUACCAACACUGCUGGCAUGAUCACAGAAUUUAUCCACAACAAGCAGGUUAAGAAGCUUAUAAGGAUGAAUGUUGAAGGUGGCAGACGAAUGUCUGGAUCCUCAGAGGUCUCCAGCCCACAGACCAAACCAUCAGUGUCAGGAAUCAGUCUCACCUGUCCACACUCAGAGACAUCCAACAUCGACUGGGCCAGAUUUCUCCGCUGUCCAGAGGCCAGUGACCACUUUGAUGGGCUGAGGUUGUUCCUGCAGUCUCAGCCGGGUUUGAGGAGAGUUUUUCUGAGGAUGAUCAGACUGACUGAGAACUGGGUGCCCAGGAUCAUCUCCAUCGUUCAGACCUGCCCUGGGCUGCAGGAGAUCAGAGUGGAGAUGAACGGUGAUGACAGUCUCUUCUCAUCUCUCAGUUUGGGUGUAAUACAUGGAGACUUCAAGUUGUACGUUCAAGGUGGCAAACGGAUAUCUAGAUCCUCAGAGAUCUCCAGCCCACAGACUGAACCAUCAGUGUCAGGAAUCCGUCUCACCUGUCCACACUCAGAGAUAUCCAACAUCAACUGGGCCAGUUUUCUCCAGUUAUUUCACAAAAUAAAAGACCUGACCGACAUGAGCCUAAAGUCAGAUGAGCAGUUUGAUUCUCUGCUCUUUUUCCUGCACUCUGAGCCUGGUCUGAAGGAGGUGGAUCUGGAGGUGAACAGACUGACUGAGAGCUGGGCUGUCAGGAUCAUCUCCCUCAUCCAGACCUGCCCCAGUCUACAGAAAAUCAGGACGAGAUGCACUAAACCCACUGACCAGAGCACAGAGGAUAUGCACACAGAACUCACCUGCAAACAGAGGGUGAAACUUCAGCUACGUGGAGAGUCUUUCACAGAACUGGAGGAGUAA